GAAUUAUGGGAGACGAGGAGGAUCCUUGGGGUUUUGAUGAUGGCGGCGAUGCUGAGCCAGCAGCACCAGCAGCAGCAACACCUCAACCACCUGGUUCGGCUGACGGUGUUCCUUCAAAGGCAGGAAGUGUAGUUUCUGAGCAUAGAUCGGAAAGGUCUGUACAUGGAGAAACACCGGUCGAAGGAGCUGCAGCCGAGCCUGAGGAAGAGUUUAAGGCACCACCACAACCACCAGAAGAUGAUGGAUACAGGAAGCCAGUGCAAUUGUACCGGCAUUGGGUUAGGCCAAAGUUUCUCCAAUACAAAUACAUGUACAACUAUAGGACCAACUAUUACGAUGAUGUUAUUGACUAUCUCGAUAAAAAACAAGUUGGAGAAGCACGCGAUAUACCAAGACCUCAGACAUGGGCGGAACGCGUUCUUCGGACACGGAAUAUCAGCGGCAGCGGCAUUGACUCAUUUGCACCAUCUACAAAGAGGGAUAAACAAUUAAUCCAAACAUUGGCUGCCUCUAUCCGUACCUACAAUUAUCAUACCAAAGCAUAUAUCAAUCAGAAAUAUGCUAGUGUUCUAUAGUUUUAAUUUUAAAAAAGCCUUCGUAACAUGAAUAAAAUAAUAGAAUACGUAUUUAUAAACACAAAAAAAACAAAAGAAAAACUGAAAUGAAAUGAUGUAUACGCAUGCAGAAAACAGAAAUUGAGACGUUUGUAUAUUUUGCGAGGAGCUUUGUAUGUAUACUUAAGAUAUAAAUAUUAAACUGUAUAUUAUAUUUUAUUAAACUUUGUCAACGUUAGCGAAGAAGAAUGUGCAUAUAAUAAAUUAAAUUCCCCAUUAUAAAUUAAUAUGAAA